UGUAUAUCUGGCAUGGCUGAUUCCAGUACAUAACUCAGUUCCUCACAAUAAACAAAUCCGAAAACAUCGAAUUAUGAUGAACGCCGGUCAUCACAAUUUGUACAACAAUAAUCUAAAUCGUUCGCCACAGGCUUCCGAAGAGAUAGCAACAGAUGAACAGGUUUGGACCGAUGACCAAUCCGUUUCAUCGGCCAGCAACAGCAGCUGCGAAGCCCACGAAUGGAGUCCCUUCAUCAGUGACAACUUUUUAUUCUACAUCAAGCUGGAUCUAGUGUACCACGCCAAGCCGAUCGUAUUCGACGACGAUCUGUUCUUCCGCAAUGAGUACAAACGGCUAUCGAUUCGCAAGAAGGAGAACAUCCUCUCAAAGUUCGGCCACCGGGAGAAGAACAAGCACAAGCUGUUCAAGGUGACCGUGAUUAAUACCAUCAAGAAGGAGCAGCUCAAUGGCAUCAACAAGGAAAUUAUCAUCAGCGUUGCUCCGAAGAAAAAUAUUGUUCUGAAAGACCUGUUGCCGCUGAGUGAGACCAUCCUUGGCAUCACAACGUCCCUGUUUCCAGAUGGAAGAAAGCUGAUGGUGGACAAAGUAAAAGAUUAUUCCGUCUUUAACAGAGGCAAACUGGUCAAGUCAAAGGAUUGGAUCAAAUCGGUUGAUGCUGAAAUGGUCACGGUUGACAACUUGGACGCGCUGCUGGAAAGCUCGACAAUGAUACCAACAAUUUUGAAAAUCACCUUCUUCGAAAUGAUCGAGCACGACAUUUCGAAUGCGAUCGAAAUCAAAAUUACCAACCUCAUGGAUCUUAUUCAGAGCCAAGAAACACUCUUCAACAAGGACGAUAUCCAAACCAUGAGCAGCAAUGAUUUGAUAUUCAGCAUGAUCUACAUCUCGAAAGAUGGCUCGCAAAACGACGAGCUGGAUGUUACGUUUUGCUACCCAACGCGGGAAAAUAAUUUGCUCUUCAGCUCGAAAGGUAGCUUCCUGACAUUGCAUUCCAUCUUCAGUUCCUCAUUCCAAACGAGAACCGUCAUGACCAACUUGAAAAUAAGAAACUCACUAUUUUACACAACCUACAACGUAUUGGACGAUGGCGUGCUGCUGCUAGGAUUUAACUCCAAGUAUGCUUCACUGUUUUCGGUGAAACAAAAAAGUGAACAAAUCUGCAACCUCAUGAGCAUUCUGUACUUGAACUGUUCGGAGACACUGAACAAGCCAGUUGAGCAACAAACGGAGCUGAUGCAGCUGUGCGAACUUGUGAGGCAUUCGGUGAAGACCAACAGAUGCAUGGACAAGUUUGAAAAGUCCUUCCACCAGCCACAGUUUGUGCCACUUCCGAAAGAAAUACAGCUUCGCAUCAACGAUGCACUUGGAGAGCUGGAAGCCAUGGAUUAUCGCAACUGGAACGAUGAUUUGGUGGACUUGUUUUGUGAUCUGACCAUCAUCGGGUGUUGCCUCUAUUACAAUCAGUACUUGGUUUGUUCGCAUCUCAACGGAGCCUUUCUCAGGGACGUGGAAGUCAUUUUGAGAAACUUUGGCAUUUUUGAGGUCAUUUCAACGACUAACAUUAAAAAUAUGGCCAUUUGGCGAAAAAUCUACUUCAAAGAAUUCUGCGAGCAAAAGUUUCACGAAACAAACGACGCGUAUCUGAUGCUGGUGUCGAUCGGACACUUGCUAAUGGUGGUCAUUCUGGAAGUUCCAAUCGACACCAACCACAACAAAUCGUUUUCACGGUACGUGGAAGAAAUUCAAGACAUGCUGGACUACUUCAAAUCGACGGGAAUUGAAAAUCUGAUACGCAUCUGGAUUGACUCAAACCGACGACCGCAGUGCAUUCCAAUGACCUCCUCGAAACACGAAACUGGUACAGAAGAAAGCCGUCCGAGCAGCACGAGAAAUCACGACGAAGAGUCCAAUGCAUCGAGUUCAAUCAAGAAUCACGCAAUCAAAGAUGAAAACCUGAACGAGCACGACGACGAUGACGAUUCGGACUGGGGUCAAAGCAUGAACAGCAGCCAACGCAGCAGCAGCUUCGAUAUAACGGAAAUAUCUGAAAAUCGCUGCAAAGAAUUCUCCGAGUUGAUCCCGAGCAGUUUGACGUUCGGUACCGAAAACCUUCUGUACUACUUUGUCCAGCUAGAACUCGGGGAAGGUGUCUUUAUUGCGCCCGUGCUGAACACUCUGAACUCCAAACACGACAUCAUCAUGAACACAUUCCAGAAAACUUGCACCCUAAUCCAUGACACACUGCAAAACACGAAGAAGUUCCGCGACCUGCUGUCCAACGAGUCGAACAAGCUGGUCAAUACGCAACGUUCGCUGGUGGCAAUCAAAGAGCAAGGAAUGCUCAUGUCCGUGCCGAAGGAGGGCAGCGCCGGUGAGAGGAUCGAGUUUUGGGUUCUGGGACGGUUGUUCAGCUCCCCGCCGCGGGAACUGUACGUUUGCCAUCGGUCGGAUGCUCCGCAGCACAUGGUCGAGUUGGCGUUCCGGAUUUGUUUGACUUGUGCGGGCUAGAAGAGAUCGCUUUGGGAU